AUGGUUAAGUUAAGCGGGGAGGUCAUCGGCAAUGACAACGCAGAGAAAAUCCAGAUUCUUCCAGCGACAAUUGCUCGCGUGGACCGCAAUUGCCCGGAGUACCAUGACAACUACGAGGACGAGAACACCUUCUAUGCAGGAGCUGGCUCCAACACCUCUGGGGGCUCCAGUGGCUCCCCUGUCAUCGCCCGCUCCGGGAACUGCAUCGCGCUGAAUGCGGGGGGUGCCCACGAGGCCGCCAGCGCAUUCUUCUUGCCGCUGGACCGUGCGGUCUACGUCCUGGACUGGCUGAAAGGGAACCCCAACCAGAUUCCGUUGCCACCGAGAGGCACCUUGCUCGCACGGUGGCUCUUCCAGCCUUUCGACAUGCUCCGACGGCUAGGUUUCACGCCGGAGCAGGAGGCAGAUGUUCUCAAGCUGAGCGAGGAUGCCGCGAUGAACGACCGCCAGAAAGGCUACGGGUUCGGCGAGUGCCGGUACAAGCUCCUGGAAGCCGUCACCGAGGGCUUCGAGCACGAAGCGCCCUACUUGGCCGUUUGGCUCCAUGGGGGUGAUUGGGGGAGCAUCUCCAAGCAAGACCUGCAGACAAUGCAGUGGCGCAUGGGCAGAAGGACCAUCUGGAUGGUCCCAAAGAGUCCGAAGAGCCCGCGCACAUCCAACGGAUGGGAGUUUCAAUGGGGCUGCUGCCACAAGAAGGAGGACAAUCAGAAAGCCCGGGUUGACCAGGGCUUCAUCUGGGGCCACCUCCACUCCGGGUUCUUGACCGCCUUUGCCGAGAGCAUUCGCGGCCUCUCCGCACGCUUCCAGGCCGACCGAGUGCUUGCCUUUGGCUACUCCAUGGGCGGCUUCGGCGCCUACCAGGUCGCCAGUUGGGCCCCAGAGGUCUUCGACGCCAUUGUGUCCCUGGCCGGGUACGGCCUCGGCACGGAGGACCCUCAACACGAGCGUUUCCGUGCCCCGCAGCCCCAAAGUGGGCGGAUUUUUCGCGACUUCGUUGGGCGCUAUGUGACCCGCAUGGCCAAAGUGCCCGUGGUCUUAGCUGUGCACGCGUGGUGCGACAGCCUGUCGAGCUACCACGAUGACUGUACGAUCAUCUGGGCCAUCAAGAAGCAAGCCAGGGACGAGGGCUUCACGAAGCACUUCGCCGACAUGAUCACCUUGCCAGAUAGCUUGGCAAACACCGACCUGCCGUACUCCUCCAGCGGGCAUGACUACUACUAUGCCAGCCUGCUGAGGAACAGCUCCGAGCGAAUUCUCUGGUCGAAGCUGCGGUCGGCCCUCUGGGCUGCUCCCAAGCGCCUGAGCUGGUCAUGUCGCGCUCCACCAGAGAGCCCCCGUGGAAGCAAGCGCCCGGGGCAAACGCCGCCUCUGUGGGGCCAGCAGAAAUGGGCCCGCUAUCGGCGAUGGUACUGA